AUGAACGAGGUAAGUCAUGAACGAAGUCGAGGGCUGUACAUGCAGUGCUCACGCAGCUGUACAGGCGGUGGUCACGAGCUGUACAGGCGAUGGUCACGGGCUGUACAUGCGGUGGUCACGGCUGUCAUGCAGCCAACUUCACGUGUUCACAGCUGA